AGUUAGAAGCAGGGGAAACCUGUCAGUGCAGGUGAGCCAUGCACUGAUUAUCACGCUUCAGCCUUGCCCAUACGAGGAAGAGAAUAGUUUUAAUCACCAGUUGUUUUUCCCCAUCUGUCAAGUUUUGAGAUGCGCCAAGUGCUUCUGGGAAAUACUGCUAACUCUUCAAACCAAGGAGAAGAUUUCCUAUCAAAAGACCUGCUUGAAGAGGACAGACUUAUGGAAUGAGAGUUUAUUAGUCCCUGGAGAGAUAAAUCUGAACCUGCACUGUGUCUUGGUCAGUACUUGACAUCGGAAGAACUCCUGGUGAUCCAAUGAGGCAUCAAUCAAGGAUGCACCAAGGUCGUCUACGACUUCGCCCAUGGCUGGAGGAGCAGAUUCACUCCGGAAAGUACCCUGGAGUUGUUUGGCUCGAUGAGACUGCCAGGGUUUUCCAGAUUCCAUGGAAACAUGCUGCUCGACAUGGUUGGAAUAUAGACAAGGACGCCACUCUGUUUCGAAACUGGGCAAUUCACACUGGCAGGCACAAACCUGGCAUGGACAAGCCAGACCCCAAGACAUGGAAAGCAAACUUCCGCUGCGCUCUCAAUUCUCUGCCAGACGUGAGGGAGCUGCAUGACAAGAGCAUGAAAAAGGGGACCAACGCCUACAGGGUCUAUGUGAUGCUACCAAGUGCCAAGGGCCAGAGGAGAAGAAAAGGUCUGCAGCAGCCCGAUGUUGACAUCAAGAGCCGAUUUCCCUGUCUGUCACCAGAAACAAAUGCUCCUCUGGAGAGAUUCACAGAGGCUUUCUCCAAGUACAGAAAAGAUGAGCCUGACCCCAUAUCCAACAUCUUCUGCAGAAGAGAUCAUUUUUCCACGUUCAAUCCCAUAAAGGAAGAGGACAGGUCCAAAGAUGACUUCCAUUCCCUAUCACAUUUCAACACUGAAGCACAUGAUGGCCAGUUUGUUUCCAGUGGCGACCAGGAGCAGGCAGAGGCUGUCCUGAAGGCAAGUCUUAAGCCUUAUUUAUGCUCCCUUUUCCUAUGAACACAGAUACAUCUGUUCCAUAAGAUGCUCCAUUUCAUCUGAACCCAUAGAGUACGGAUAGAAGGCCCUGUGCAUAUGUGUAUUUCUACUUUGACAUUAAGCAUAAAUGAGCCAAUACUGAAGGCUCACAUUUUGUUGGCCAGCUUUUAAGGUAUGCAGUUUACACAAAUUUGACAACAAAUGUCAAAGAGAAAUCCAUUAUUGAAAUGUAUUUGAAUGGGCUAUCAAUUCAACAGAUAGUUGAUCAUCUCAAAAGUGUGGACUACUGGAACCCCGCCAGCGAGUUUGACAGAAGCUGGAGGCCAGCAAGCUCAACAUGGAUGGACUUUUGUGACACUAUGGACAGUCCAGGAUGCCCCUUACAAAGGGACGGGCAAUUCAACCCAAUCCUUCAAGGUCAACUUUUAUAGGUGCAAGAGUGAAAACAAAUUAUGGAUAGAAUGUUUACUUUUUUUAAAAUACAUAUUUUAUAUAUAUUAUUGGUAGUUUGUUAUAAUGUGAGCGAAGCCAGUACGUUUAAGCUUCAAUGGCUGUCUGUAGAAAGUACCCAUUAGUUUGUACCAACACUGUUUGCUUUCCUAAAUAAACUCAACAUCAUGCCUGUUA